AUGGCAUUGCUUUCGACGUCGGCCAUUGUCCCUAACCCUUUAAAGUCGUCCGAGGAUCGCCCCCAGCUCGCUCCGAUCCACGGCAACGCUCAGGGUCUCCAAGAAAAAAUGGCAAAAUUGCAUUACGCUCUACUCCUCCUCGUCUCUCUCAUUUCCCGUUCCGAUGCCGGUAUCAAAACCCUACGUCUAACUUCCGAUCCUCAUCCGAUAGUCUUUCUCGAUAAGUUUGCCUUCACACACUUCGGCCGGGUUACAAUCUCGGUUUCUGAUGUCUCUGCCACUAGUUCAUUACUCCGUCCAAAUCCUUCUCGUUUGGGCUUUUUCCUUCUCUCGGAGGAAGUUGAGAUCCAAGCCGUCCUCGAAGUCGGACAAAACCCUAACUUCUGCAUCCUCGAUUCCCGCUACAUCGUUGCUCUCGACACCUUCUGCGACCUGUCUCCGCCACCACACAGCUUCUUUAACAGAACCUAUCGCGUUACUUAUCCCAGUGAAUACUCCCUGUUCUUUGCCAACUGCGAUCCGGCGGCCCGUGUAUCCAUGAAGGUCCACACUGAAUUGUACAAUCUCGAUUUCGGCGGCUCCAAGAAUUACCUCUCGUCUGGACAAUCGAGGCUCAUUCCACUAUUCUUCGAGUUCACUCUUGCUUACUUCUUCCUCUUAGUUCUCUGGGCCUAUUACAACUAUUGCAACAAGGAAUCCACGAAUCGGGUCCAUCACUUGAUCACCGGACUAAUUACCGCAAAAACACUGAGUCUCAUCUGUGCCGCGCUGGAUAAGUACUUUGUUAAACUUACUGGGUUACCUCACGGUUGGGAAAUCUUGUUCGAAGUUGCUCGAGUCAUGUCAUUACUUAUCAUCACGGCAUUGAUCAUAAUCGGAUUCUCAUUCUUCAAGAAGUUCUUGCCAGAGAAGGAGGCCAAGGUAUGGAUCGUCCCCAUCACGCUUCAGGUUCUCUCCAAUCUGGCUUUCCCCUUUGCUGUCAUGAUGGGAGCCACUUGGCCCAGCGUGGUGUUGGGGCUUGCUUUGCUCGACAUGAUCUGCACGUGCACCAUCCUUGUUACCGCGGGGAGGUCAAUUUGGUUGCUGAAGGAGGCUGCAAAGACUGACGAGAAGGCGGCGAUGAGAUUGGCUAAGAUUAAAAAGUUUGCCUUGGUCUACGUCUUGGCAAUCGGUUAUUUGUAUGUCGUGCCGAUGGUAGCACUCGCUUUGAGGAUCUUCAUGGCACGUGAGUACGAGUGGGUGAGCAACGCAGUGGAGGAGGGUGCAAUUCUAACGAUUUAUGUGGUCGCGCUUCGUAUGUUUAGGCCUGUCAGUGAUUACACCAUUCUUGACGCACAGGAUGAGAAGGAAGAAACAAUGGCAGUAGCAAAUGAAGAGUCCGAGGUUUGA